UUUUGCUCAAAGCAGCCUGGCAGAGGCUUUGGUUUCUCCCGCGCUCGGCGACUUUCGCUUCAGUCGUAGGCGCCGCAGCCCCUGCAAUGGAGGACGAGGGAGACAACGAGUUCGUGAGCGAGCAGGUCAACGAGACGGUGAAAUCGGCCAUCACGAAGACGCUAGGAAGCAACGUCCAGUACAGCGAGCAGAGGGUCAACGUGUGGUGCACUGCCAUCAUGGACGAGUGCCUCAAGGAGCAGCGCACGGUGCUGCCUCUAUGUGGUCACGUGCAUCAUAAUGCAGAAGAACGGCUCCCCGCUGCACACGGGCCUCGCGCUGCACUGGGACACGAAGACGGACGGCGUCUCCUGCGUCCAGGUGGGCCUCGACACGAUGGACGUCAUCGUCACGGUCUACGCGUGCAUGAUCUGAAGCCGGCGCCGGGGUGCAGACCGCCGCGCUGGUCGCGAUGCCAUUUGCCGCGGCCGGCCUUGGCGGUGUGCUCGCUGCCCCAGCGGCCUCGGCGUGGAGCCGGUGGCGAUCCGCGCCGCGAAGUGAGCGGGUCGGGCCCACGCGAGGCCGAGAAGGCGCCGAGUCCCUGCCUUGCCGUCUGCUCCCUUCCUCCGCUGCUCCGCCAGUGGCCCUGCUCAGUGGCAGGGCCCUCCCCCCCGGGGCCGCGCACCCGGGCCGCGCGCACCCGGAGUCCCGUGCUCCAGGACCGCAUGGGCAGUUUGACGACCUGCUCAUGUCGCGCACCUGGAGCCCUGUCCCCCCGGGUCGCGCGCACCCAGGAUCUCCCUCCCCCCCGGGCCGCGCCCUCAGCUGCCAUGACUCGGUGCUGGCGGUGAAACUUCAGUGUUGGAUACCGCCAGAAGCGCUUCGUGGGAAGCUGGGAGCGUGGCAGCCCCCGGCACGUCUGCAGGGCGCUCGACGGCGUUGCCAUUCGCAAAGGACGAGGCACGCCCCUGGCAGGGUGCUGGCCCUGGGGGGCCCUGGCCGCGGUCGCCCGUGCCGUGCUCUUGCAACAGCGGGUCCCGGGCGCCGCUGGUGUCGCCGGUCCUCCCAGAUCUGCCGCUCGCGUGCGGUCCACUGCCUGUUGCCGCCGAACCUUGCUUCCCUGCUCAACUUCGCCGUGCGCCUCCCUCCGCACUCCACGCCGCUGGCGCCGCGGGCUCAGCGCCUCCGCGCGGCCGGCGGGGCAAGAAGCCUCGCCCGCCAGGGGGGGCGGACUGUCAGUUGCUCGAUGCCUGGGGGACGAGCGGUAGCUCACGUGCCAGGAAA